CGCUCCUCCACGAAGCCGGUCAAACCAGGGAUUCCCAUGGCGCCGGUGAUCACCGACCCGGCCCGGCCCAUCCACUCCUCCGGAAGUAACGCCGUGAGUGACAGUCAGAUUCCUCCAAUCAGAGCGGAUCUUCUUCAUCCCGCCCGCUCGCUUUGGGUGCGCAUGGGCGGUGUCUCUUAGCAACGGAGCCGCACACCGGGUCCCGUCGGGGCGCUUAGUGGGUCGGCCGCCUUGUAUUUCCUGGGAACAUCCAUGGAAGAGUAAAGGAUUUGAAACCUGCACUCAUAGGAAAUUUGUGUAGUUUCUGUUACUCAGAGCAAUGCUGAAAUUUCAAGAAACUGCUAAGCAUGUCACUGUUGCCAGAUUUAAUUCUGCUUGUUCAGAUACUGUGAUUGCAAGAAGAUACACUAUUCAGAGGAAACUUGGCAAUGGAAGCUUUGGAAGUGUAUAUCUGGUUUCUGACAGAAAAGCAAAACGAGGAGAAGAACUAAUGGUUCUGAAGAAAAUAUCUGUUGGAGACCUAAAGCCUAAUGAAACAGUUGAAGCAAAUCUGGAAGCACAACUACUCUCCAAAUUAGACCAUCCAGCCAUUGUCAAAUUUUAUGCAAGCUUUGUGGAGCAAGAUAGUUUCUGCAUUACCACUGAAUACUGUGAGGGUGGAGACCUAGACUUUAAAAUUCAAGAGUACAAAGACUGUGGGAAGAUAUUCACUCAAAGACAAAUAAUAGACUGGUUUAUACAGUUGUUACUUGGAGUCAACUACAUGCAUGAAAGGUGGAUACUCCACAGAGAUUUGAAAGCCAAGAAUAUAUUUGUGAAAAAUAAUCUUCUUAAAAUUGGGGACUUUGGAGUUUCUCGACUGUUGAUGGGUUCAUGUGACCUGGCAACUACAUUUACUGGGACACCAUACUACAUGAGUCCAGAAGCACUGAAGCACCAGGGAUAUAACACAAAAUCUGAUAUUUGGUCCCUGGGAUGCAUUUUAUAUGAGAUGUGCUGUAUGAGCCAUGCAUUUACUGGCCACAAUUUUUUGUCUGUUGUGUUAAAAAUCGUAGAAGGAGAUACACCUUGUCUUCCUGACAGAUACCCAAGCAAACUGAAUGCUGUGCUGUGCAGCAUGUUAAAUAAGAAUCCUUCAUUGAGACCAGCAGCAGCAGAGAUCCUAAAAAUCCCUUAUAUUGAGGAAGAACUAAAGAAUAUACAGUAUGAGUUCACAAACAUUACUGUGAAAGACAAGUCACUUAACGGGCAGAAGGAAGCUGCUCCUAUUUUUGAUGCUGUGCAGAGGGAAGUUAAUUUGCAAACUCUGCAGGAACUGUCUGAAGUACAGAAAAUGACACCACGAGAACGAAUGAGGCUGAGGAAAUUAAAUGCUGCCGAUGAGAAAACAAAGAAGUUGAAACAGCUGGCAGAAGAAAAAUGUCAAGAAAAUGUCAAAAGAAUGCAAGAAUUCAGGGCCCAUAAUUUUCAAGAGCUGAAUAUUAAUGUCCUACAUGAAUCUGAUGAGCAGACUUCAAAACCCCUAAUUCAAUCUCAGCCAGUUGUUACAUGCAACUCCAUGUCCAUGGGAUAUGAUGAACCAGGUGGAAAUGAAGCAUCAAGUCAGCUCUGCAUGUCUAAAUUUACAGACCAUGAGAUCCCUGAAGACCCGGAAAUUGCAGAAGAAUAUUAUAAUGAUGAGUUUGAAUCCUAUUCAGAAAGCAGUGAAGAGGAGGAGGAUGCCAAAGCAUCGCAGACUCUUUCUAAGACAAAUCACCAGGACAGUGAUAUUGAGGCAAUGGUUAAGUAUCUGGAGAGUGUGCUGAAUAAUAGCUCAUUGGGCUCAGGGACUGUCACCAGAGUGUCUCCAGGGGCACCCCAGGAAUUCAGAGCUCUCAACAGCACUAUGGCUGAGACCAAACUGAAACACGAGGGAGAAUCUGCCAUUGGGAAGCUGGGAGCAGAGGUAUUUGAGGCUGUGUACAGCUAUCUCAAGCAAGCAAGACAGCAGAAGGCCAGUGAGGGGGAAAUCAAGAGCCACCUGGAAAAACUUGUUUCUAGAGCAAGUGAUUGCUUUGAAGUGGAUCAGCUUCUGUACUUUGAGGAGCAGCUACAGGCUUCAGAAGCCCAUCUUCAGCUGUAA